GCGCCUCUUCGAGAAGCGAUCGAGUACGAAUGGGUUCAGUUCCCGGACGACUUCGUCCCAGAUCAAUACAGCGGUUACCCGACUCAGGAAAGUGAAGACGAGUGGGCUAAACUUUGGGAUUUUGGCGAGAUCAACGUUCCAUAUGAGAAUUUGCAUCUUCUCAACAAAUCAACGGAUAUGCCUUGGCAACGGACUGAUCCAGAUGAGGGAGGUGGUGUUGUGGGAUUUCUUGAAGUAUUCCAUGUUAUCCACUGCCUCGAUAUGGUCCGUCAAUUUAUCUACAGAGACGAAUAUGACUAUAGUGCCAACCCACUGUUCGACGCGCCAGAUCAUGUAGUUUGGAGACAUGUCGACCACUGCAUCAAUACCAUCAGAAUAAGCUUACAAUGUACAUCUGAUGUAACACCUUAUCUUCAAUUUCUGGCUCCAGAAAAGCCAGCAGGUCUAGACGCCGACUUCAGAACUCUGCAUACGUGCCGGAAUUUUGAUAAAAUUAGGGAUUGGAAUCGGGAGCAUAAGACUACGCUGCAUAUUCCAGAGGGUCAUGAACAUCCCUUUCAUAAGGAUAUGGAUUUGGAGCAAUACCAACACUCCUCAUAA